UGGAAUGGUAGCUCCGGUGGCCACCGCUACAGUGGUAUAUCCGGUGAUCAGACUACAACACUAGUGGCCAGAACGGUGUCUCCUACGACCGGACCGCCAACACUCGGUGACCGAAUCUCUAACAUUGGUCGUCGGAAUGGCAGCUCCAAUGACCGGACAUCCGGCACUGGUCGUCGGAACGGCGGCUCCAAUGACCAGACAUCCGGCACCGGUCAUCAGAAUGGUGUCUGCAGUGAUCGAAUCCCUGCACUUGAAAAUGGGAUAUGUGAAUGACCAAUUCUGGCAAAUACAACAAAUGAAGAAAACUAAUCAACCAGAUUAUGCUGUGAGAGCAGUCACCAGCUACUGCAUGUCUGCACAAAAUUUGUUCACUCAGUUGACGGAUCACAUCAACCAAGAGAAUGUUGAUUUUCAUCAGGUUAAUGUUUCCGCUCAUGAAUUAUUUGAGCAAUCAAACAGUGUUGGUGCAGCGCAUGUCAAGCAUGCAUGUGUUGAACUCCUUCAUGCUUGUGAGGAUAAUGAUAAGGAUUAUUGCUCCAAGACUCUGUAUUGGACUAAGAAUGAAUUCUCCCAACUGAAAAGAAAAUUUGAGACUGUUGUUCAGCAAUCAAGACACACAUGCAUGUGCAGAGAAGUUUUUUUUGUUUAUAAAGGGUUUGCGGACAAAAGGGUAGUAUUUUGGGGAACAAACAAAAGAAAAGAGAAUUUGGGACAAAGAAAGUCUAGAUGGAAAGAAAGAUCAUUGACCUUGAGAAUGGACAUUGAAAGGAAGCUGAAACAUGUCACUAGAUGGGUCCUAUAUGAUCUCUCCAGCUAAAUAAUAUCUGAUUGAAAAUCUGACAUGUGAGGUUCGAAACAGGAGAAUGUGGUAGAUAGAUCAGCUUUGUUAUAUAUGGUCUAUUUGUAUCUUUAUGUUAACUUCAUAUCAUAUCUAGUUGAACCAACUAAUGACUUGCUUAUGUGAAUGGUGUUGUUCCCAAAAGUGCUAAGUUCAUGGGGAUUUUAUUUAAAACACUGAAAGCUGUUAUUCUAGAAUUCCCUUAAAAUCAUAGAACCUGAAAUGUUUGUGGAAAAUCAGGCACUAACUUUGUUAGUGAUGUUGCCAAGCAGUAGAUUUUGGCUUUAUAUGACUGUUAAAUAUGCUAACUAAUUAGUUGUGCAUUCAAUAAAUGGUGGGUAAGCAAGGAAAUCAAUUAAAUUUAGUGGGAAAGAAUUAGAAAUUUAACGGACCAGCAAUAUAUUUUUGUACCCCCAAUACUUGUCAGGUGUUUCUCAAGUUAGUUGUGAACCGCAUAGAGUCAUAGUCACAGAAAGUUUUGUUAUCUCUAGCUACAGAUAAACCUGCUAAGUGCAAAUUAAACUUCUUAUUUACUCUAAAUGCCUUAUUUUGGAGAUUCCACAUUUAAGUUUGGUGCGGGCACAUGAAGCAAUAAAUGCUCAAAAAGUUGUUCACUUUCUAAUUUCAGAAAGUUUUCUACCUUUGAUUUCCUUGCUAUGCAGAUAUGGUGAAUAUUGAUUUUUACUUAAGCUAGUAUCUGCUAGGGUAAGCAAGAUGUUGUUUGUUUUCAUGAUGAAUUUAUGGAUCACUGAUCCUUGAAAAAAUUUGAGUUUAUGCAUUCCCUUGAUGCUGCUAUUAAUUAGGGUACAAAAUUAAUAAAAAUUGAAGAAAAGUAUGCCUUGUAGGAAAUAUUUAUUGAUGUUAUUCUAAUUAGUUGAAGAUGAAGAAAUUAGAGUUUAGAGGUUUCUUUAAUACUUAAUUCCAUGGUCGAAUAUUGUUGAUAUGAUCUAAUGAUGAGAGAGAGAGAGGGAAGAAGAGUUGAUCUAAGAAGAUGUUUCACUUUCUUUUCUUGACCUUCUAGAAGUUCUUAGCCUUAGACAUUGACCCUUGCUGACGAAAGACGGCCAAAACGAUGCAGCAAUAAAAUUGAAGAACAAAAAAAAAAAAAAAAAAAAAAAAAAAAGAAGAACAGAUAACCUAGGAGUCAACACCAAGCAAGAGGAACAAAACCUCUAGGAAUUGGCACCCUACGGCUGGCUAGUGUCAACAACAGACCAUUGGAUAAAUUCCAAGAGAAGUUCUAUUCAUCAAUCAAACCGUUAUCUUCUCCAUAGGAGAAUAAUACUGUGCUUAUAUAGACUAAUAAAACUAACCCUAAUUCUAAUUGACAUAGGAAAACCCUAAUUCUAAUUCUAAUUGACUUGAGAAAUUCCAUUUAUUGAAUUACAAAAACUAUAAUUUUCCCAGCUUUGGUCCUUGGUGUUUUUGUCUUUUGCAUCUCCAUUGGACCAUGCCUAGGAGGGUGGUAGACAUGCUGGCUCUCGCUGGAAGGGGCCUUCUGGUAGACACCAGAGUGCUGUUGUAUGGAAUGCAGCUCAUUUGUGCAUCAUGUGCACCAUUUGGAGAGCACAGAAUAGUCACAUUUUUUAGGCAGUUGAGCGCUCUUUGCUGGACCUAAAGUUUAUCCUGCUGCACACCUUGGUUGGAUGGCUAUUUGGAAAUGUCAUUCUUGUUCUAAUCUAGUUGAGUUUUUAGAUGCUUGUUCUUUUAGGUGAUGCUUUUGUAGGUGUCCGAGUCUGAGUAGACUGCUUGUGUACAAAGGAUGCUAUGUAAUUUCUUUAUUUCUAAUAAAAGCUUUCUUCCUUAUCAAAAAAAAAAAUAAAAGAUAAAAUACAAUUGACUUCAAAAAUUAAAUUAAAAAAAUAUCUAUUGCAUCAGUUGGGUCCCUUCCUCAACCAAUGUAGGGGCUUUGGCCACUUCCUUUCUUUUUAAAUAAGCUUUGUUGUUGAAGAAAA